CUACCAUUGUUUCGCUUUUGCUUUUGCUUUCUUUCCCCAAACUUGUUCUUCGUGGUCACAUUUUACCUUUUUGUUUUCCCUUUUUACCCCUUCCCUUAAUCUAAAAUCGUUGAGACCAAACAAACACACACACAUUGAUAAAUCGAUCUGUGAAAAAAUUGACGAACUCGUUCACGUUGACUAAGCGAUGGCCUCAGCUGCCUCCGAGCGAGUCGAGCUAGCCAAGCUCUGCAGCUCACGAAACUGGUCGAAGGCUAUCCGGGUUCUUGACUCGCUCCUCGCUCAGGCCUGUGUAGUUCAGGAUAUCUGCAAUAGAGCGUUUUGUUAUAGUCAACUGGAGUUGCAUAAGCACGUGAUUAAGGACUGUGACAAGGCGCUUCAGCUUGACCCUACUGUUCUUCAAGCUUAUAUCCUCAAAGGGUGUGCAUUUUUAGCUCUGGGGAGGAAAGAGGAUGCUCUUUCGGUUUGGGAGAAAGGAUAUGAGCAUGCUUUGUGUCAGUCUGCGGAUUUGAAGCAAUUGCUAGAACUUGAGGAACUUUUGAAAGUUGCAAAACAAGACACAAGUGUUACCCGUGAAAACGAUGUGGUAGAUUCCAGGCCAUCUGUACCAACAUCUGGAUCAGGGACAUAUGUCAAUGGAAAAACAGGCGAAACACAUGAGAAUCUGGAUAAAUCUGAAAUUGAUGAAAAAUGUGAGAACCUGAAUAAAUCUGAUUCGUCUAGUUCAAGCUAUCAGCCCAGUGAUACACCUGAGAUCUGCAGCAAGUCUAGAGAUAAUACUGACAUAUGCAAUGAAAUGAGUGAUAAAGCAAGUGGGAGGUUGUCUAUGCCUGAACUUGAGUUAGGGCUUCAUAGCAAUGGCAAAUCAAUUGAAACUUCUAAGAAUCGCAAUGGUUUAAAUGACGAAUCUGAAAUAAUUUAUGUGUCAAGUGAUUCUCCUGAUGAGUUCGACAUAUGCAAUGGCUUUAGUGACAAAGCCAAUGCUAAUGAGAAGCUGAAUAGCCAAAUGAAUGGAACUCAUGAUAAACCAAGAUCUGACUCUGAAUCGUUUAAAGAAUUAAAAACUACAACUAUAUCGCGUGGUAAAUCACCUUUAAGUUGCAUCAGCACAAGUGAAACAAGUGAUGAAGCCAAGAGAAACAAAAAGUUUAGUGUUACUAGAAUUUCGAAAACCAAGUCAAUUAGUGUAGAUUUCCGACUAUCAAGGGGAAUAGCACAGGUAAAUGAAGGGAAAUAUGCUUAUGCUGUAUCAAUAUUUGACCAGAUAUUGAAAGAAAACCCUAUGUAUCCUGAGGCACUAAUAGGAAGAGGAACAGCGUACGCGUUCCAACGAGAACUGGAAGCUGCUAUUGCUGAUUUUACAAAGGCUAUUCAAUCAAACCCAUCAGCUGGUGAGGCAUGGAAGCGGAGAGGGCAGGCUCGUGCUGCCUUAGGAGAAUCCGUUGAGGCAAUUGAAGACUUGACCAAGGCAUUAGAGUUUGAGCCAAAUUCAGCAGAUAUAUUGCAUGAACGGGGUAUUGUUAAUUUUAAGUUUAAGGAUUACAGUGCUGCUGUACGAGAUCUAUCUGAAUGUGUGAAGCUUGAUAUGGAUAACAAGUCUGCAUAUACAUAUUGGGGUUUGGCAUUAUCUAUGAUUGGUGAAUACAAAAAGGCUGAGGAGACACAUUUGAAAGCAAUCCAACUUGAUCGGAAUUUUCUUGAGGGAUGGGGUCAUAUGACAACGUUUUACCAAGAUCUGGCAAAUUCAACAAAGGCUUUGGAAUGCCUUCAACAAAUGUUACAGAUUGACGAGAGGUUUCCAAAAGCAUAUCAUUUGCGUGGGUUAUUGCUCCAUGGGAUGGGACAACACAGGAAAGCAGUAAAGGAUUUAUCCACUGGGUUAAGCAUUGAGCCCUCAAACAUUGAGUGCUUAUACUUGAGAGCUUCUUGUUACCAUGCUACUGGACAAUAUAGAGAGGCGGUCAAGGAUUAUGAUGCUGCAUUGGAUUUGGAACUAGACUCAAUGGAGAAAUUUGUGCUUCAAUGCCUGGCCUUUUAUCAGAAGGAGAUUGCUUUAUACACAGCUUCUAAAAUCAACAGUGAGUUUUGCUGGUUUGACAUUGAUGGAGAUAUUGAUCCACUCUUCAAGGAAUAUUGGUGCAAAAGAUUGCACCCUAAAAAUGUAUGUGAAAAGGUUUACAGACAGCCUCCCCUGCGAGAUUCCUUGAAAAAGGGUAAGCUUAGGAAACAAGAUUUUGCUGUCACAAAGCAGAAGACUGCUCUUCUACUGGCUGCUGAUUCAAUUGGCAAGAAAAUCCAAUACGAUGUUCCUGGCUUCUUAUCCAAUAGGCGUCAGCAUCGUAUGGCAGGAUUAGCUGCUAUUGAAAUUGCUCAGAAGGUUUCGAAAGUUUGGCGCUCUUUGCGAGCUGAACGGAAACAUUCUAAUAAAAGUUCAACAAAAAAUGGAAAGAGAGCCCGGAGGAAAGAUAGAAUCAAUAUUGCCAGCCAGAACAGAGGUGGUGCUUGUUGUAGCACAAGCAGCAUGUUGGACACAUCAUCAUACGGCAUUGCAGAAGAAAGACCAUCUGGUCCCACAAUGUCAUGGCAAGACGUUUAUUCAGUGGCCGUCAGAUGGAGGCAGAUUUCUGAGCCUUGUGACCCUGUUGUGUGGGUUAACAAGUUAAGUGAAGAAUUUAAUUCUGGAUUUGGGUCUCACACACCAAUGAUCCUCGGUCAAGCAAAAGUUGCGCGCUACUUCUCAAAUUAUGAAAGAACAAUAAAUGUUGCAAAGACUGUCAUGAAGGAUAAACAGUAUGUGCACAACAAGACAGAUGACAUUAUUGAUCUUUCCAAAGAUGGGAAAUUGCAAGAUAUUAUGCAUGCAAAAACCUGUGAUGAUCUUUAUAAAGUUGUUGGGGAGGACUUCUGGCUGGCCACUUGGUGCAACAGUACUGCAUUUGAGGGGAAGCAGCUUGAAGGGACAAGGAUCACCUUAGUCAAAAUGGGAGAAAUAGGAUAUGACUUUGCAAUUCGAACACCUUGUACCCCUUCUAGAUGGGAUGAGUUUGAUGGAGAGAUGACCAUGGCAUGGGAAGCUGUAUGCAAUGCUUAUUGUGGUGACAAUUAUGGGUCUACGGAUUUCAGUGUUCUUGAAAAUGUGAGAGAUGCAAUCUUAAGGAUGACAUAUUACUGGUACAAUUUUAUGCCACUUUCAAGAGGCUCUGCUGCUGUUGGGUUUGUGGUGUUGCUUGGUUUGUUCCUUGCUGCUAAUAUGGAAUUCUCAGGGCAAAUCCCUAAAGGUGUACAGGUGGAUUGGGAAGCCAUUUUAAACUUUGAACCUAACGCCUUUGUGGAUUCUGUCAAGAGUUGGUUGUAUCCAUCACUUAAGGUUUCAACAUCCUGGAAAGAUUAUCCUGACGUCUCAUCAACUUUUGCAACAACUGGAUCAGUCGUAGCUGCUCUGAGCUCAUAUGACGAUUGAGCUUGUCGUAACUGAAGAGGUAAGUAAACUGCAGCAGUUGAUGGGCCCAGAAAAUGAAAAAUUGAUUGGUAAGAGAAUAUUUAUUGUAGAAGCUUGAAUUUAUAAUGGAAAUGAUAGCACGUGAUUGUAUAUAAUGUGUCUGUAUUUCACCAUCUAACAUGAUAUAUUUUGUUCUCUUUGGAGUGAUAAAGUUCAUUAUGCGCAAAUGUAAUUUAAAUUUUGUUUCCAUUUA